CAGCUUCACACCCGGCCCACACCCACUCCGGGCCAUUUCCCGGGCCACGCCUCAUUCCCCCUCAGUACGUGUGCAACACGCCGGCGCGAGCUUUCCGCAGAUUUCCCAGGGACCAAAGCUGGUGUCCGUUCUCGAGUUACUCUUGCAAUAGCACCCUGACAGUCCAGACGUCGCAGAUCGCUUUUCAACCUUCAUCCCGAGAUGUCUGAAUCCGCAGAUGAGCCACGCCCAGAACAGGGCGACGUCAUCCCGACACAGCGCCCCGCAGACAACAUCGACUGGUCUCAAUUUUACGACAUGUUCAUGAAAAUUGAACAACGUUUGCCAGACUUCGAUCACAUGUUGAUGGCCAUGAACGAUUACGCGUUCCAGAGAACUUCAAGACAAAGACAAACAAAUGAUUUGAUUGAAUUUUGUGGAGUGCUUAAAAAAGGUUUUAUUGAUUGGUAUACAAGUAAUAUCAAUGAUGAAUUGAAAGUACCCAAUUUUAUUGAUUUGACAAGUCAAGUUUUUGACGAUGACAUAUUGAAGAAAAUUGAGAAGAAACUAGUUAGUAUUACAAGUCCUGAUACAGAUACUAGUAAACUUACAGACACAUGUGCUAAUACAGAUACUAGUGAAAGUACAAAAACAAUUACUAAUACAGAUGCUGGCGAAAGUACAAACACAAUUGUAAAUACAGAUGCUAGUGAAAGUGCAAACACAAGUCCUAAUACAGAUGCAUGUAAAAAUACAGACACAGGUGCUAAUACAGAUGAUAGUGAAAGUACAAGCACAAGUGCUAAUGCAAAUGCUAGUGAAAGUACAAAUACAAGUACUAAUUCAGAUGCUAGUAAAAGUACACCCCUAAGUGCUAAUACCUUUAUUCAAACAAGGGACGGUACAUGUGUUCAUAAAAGGGCUAAAUCAAGUAUCAAGAAUUAUGCAGAGAUGUUGAAAUAUUCAAAAUAUUUUUACACACGCACGGAAAGUAGAAAGAUUACAUUAAACGGUAUAUCACAGUCAACUGGGACAAAUGUUGACAGCGACCAAAGUUUUAAAAUAAUAAUGCCAACUAUGGCUGAUUAUCAUACUUACCUAAGGAGAAGACUUCCUGUCGAUCGUAAUAUCCAUCUUGGAAAUGAUUAUGAUCGUCAUUGGUGGAGACAAACAAAUGAUAAAAUUAUUUUAAAUUUGGAUAUAUCUGACUUGGUUGUUGACAUGUUUCCAAACAUUAAAGUAGUGGUAACCAUAGUUGGUUUCAAGGUUAAAGUAAGACGUCGUAAUAAAUGGAUUACUGUAUUAUCAAAUAAGUUUGAAAAAUGUAUUAGAAAAUCUAAAUGGGCAGUCAAUAAAUACAUGCACGUCAAAAUAACAAUGAGUAAAAAGGAAAAAGAAUUUUGGAGUAAAUGUCUAGUUACUGAAACAAGAGAACUUGAUACAUCAAAUUUCAAAAAUCAUUUUUGUUCCAAAAAGUGCACUGCACCUAGAAUACAUACUUUAAAAUACAGUUCGACAAAAAAAGAAUGUUUGAAAAAUUUAACGGCAUUUCUCAAACGAGAAUAUGGUUUGGAAGAAUUUGAUUCAUUUAUGGACGUAAUAGAGUCUACAGCCCCACCUACAACUGAGGAAACACCGCGAGAUUCAGCUAAAAAUUUGAAGUUGUCUGUAGAUCCAAGUACAGAAAAGUCUCUGAACUCUGACUCUGAAGAUCUUCCGGACACAAAAGAAUCUCCUAUGGACUUGGACGAUCCACCAAAUUUAGCAGUAUAAUAUAACACUGAAGUCUCAAAUUCAACACAUCUAUAGAUUUUAAAUUUUGAUAUAUCCUCUUCACAUCCUUAAUUUAAA